AUGUUCCUCUUCGUGUUAGCGCUGAGCCUCCUCGUUGCCGCAAAAUGCAACCAACUCAGCGUCAGGAAGGAAUGCCGCAACCUUUCUCAACCAGAGCGCAGAGACUGGAUUACCGCCGUCAAGAUUCAUGGGACUGGCCUAUUUCUGCCGUGGCACCGUUGGUAUAUCCAUAGCCCCAAAACUGCGCUCCAGGCGGAGUGUGGCUUCAACGGCACGGCGCCUUACUGGGACUGGACGCAAGAUGCCCCGGACUUCCUCCACGCCACAAUAUUCAACGAAGGGUACGAGCUGGGAGGAUGGGGCGACCCAUCGAAGGACUUCAAAGUUACCGACGGGGCCUUCUCAGCUGAUUCGCUUUUCAGACCGUCAUAUCCGUAUCCCCAUACUUUGCGCCGGCGGUUUAAUCUAUUCCCAUAUUCGACUUCUGUUGUCUUGGGCGUCCCUAUCGACCCCCACCUCCCGAUAAAUAAUACCUUUACAGCUUCGGAAACGUACUUUGAGGCAAUUCAGGGAGCUCACGCAUCUGUUCAUCUAAUUGUAAAUGGGGAUCUGCUAGGAGCGUGCCCCGGAAACGCGCCUCCUGAUUGUAAAGGUGGACCGACCUUUUCUGCCAAAGACCCUCUGUUCUGGCUUCACCACGGGAUGAUAGAUAAAGUCUGGCACGACUGGCAGCACUACUCAAAAGCCAGUACUCGGGCAUUUGAAGGCGGUUCCGUGCAGCGCCUGGACAAUAUCACGAAAUGGCCUACGGGUAGCGCUCCGUGGAUGAAUCUCCAAUCCGUCAUGCCUGGCGAUGGCUUAUUCCAGGAGGCCACCGUAUUGGACGUGAUUGAUACGGAAGAUGGGAUACUCUGUUAUACCAUACGAGUGGUUGAGGCUGGCACUGGAAGACUUCGACACGUUCGUUCGUAG